UCGAAUUGAGAAAGCGCCGCACACUCCGGAAUUAUGCAUUUCCUUGUGUCGAAAUGCGGCCUGCUAAAAAUUAGAAAUAAAUGCGGGAUUAUAUUGACUCAGUUGGCUCACACAGGUGAGGUAAGGGUACGUUUCGCCCCCAGCCCGACAGGUUUUCUGCAUCUGGGAGGAUUACGUACGGCACUGUACAACUUUCUCUUCGCCAAAUCUAAACGUGGAAAAUUUAUACUCCGCAUAGAAGACACAGAUCAGACACGUGUGGUAGACGGAGCUCUCGAGCAAAUACAAAAAGACUUGAACUGGGCCGGAGUGUACAUCGACGAAGGUCCACGUAUAGGUGGACUAUACGGGCCGUACAUUCAGUCUCAAAGAUUAUCGCUUUAUAAAGAUCAGGUGAACACGCUUUUAGACAAUGAGUCCGCAUACAGAUGCUUCUGCACAAGUAAAAGAUUAGAUUUAUUGAGAUUGGAAGCGGCCAGAACUGGACAGAUACCAAAGUAUGAUAACAGAUGUCGCCACUUAACGAAAGAACAAGUUCAAUCGAAGUUGAAUAGUAAUAUGCCGCACUGUGUUCGAUUCAAAUUGACACCUGGUCUUCAGACGUUCGAAGAUUUGAUAUAUGGCACUAUCACAUAUGACGUGGUGUUAAAUGAGGGAGAUCCCGUCAUUUUUAAGUCUGACGGUUUUCCCACAUACCAUUUCGCAAAUGUCGUCGAUGAUCAUUUUAUGAAAAUAUCGCACGUGCUCAGAGGCGUCGAAUGGCAAAUUUCAACCACGAAACACAUUAUGAUGUAUAGAGCGUUUAACUGGGAUCCUCCCAUGUACGGUCAUCUGCCACUACUAAUGAAUUCCGAUGGAACUAAGUUGAGCAAAAGGCAAGGCGAUAUUCAAAUAAAAUACUACAGAGACAACGGCAUUUUGCCGCAAGCUCUUAAUAAUUUGAUAACUCAUUCCGGUGGUGGUUUUGAUAAGGAUCUCGAACGCGGUUUGAAGCCAAGAAUUUACACGAUGGAUGAGUUGGCAGAUCAGUUUGAUUUAAAGAACAUUAAUUCACACUCGGGCAAAGUAAUGUCAGAGCGACUGUUGGAAUUUAAUGGACUUGAAUUGGACAGACAAAUACAUUGUGAUGCUGACUUAAAAAUUUUAGUAGCAAAAGUACAAAACAUAAUUAGGGAGAAGUUUCCUGAUAGGGUUUUAGACAACUCCGUAAAAUUGGAUGAACAGUAUAUCAAGUCGGUCUUAUCUUGGACUAGAGCUAGAAUAAAUCGAUUGAACGAUUUAGUAUCUAACGAAUUGGCAUUCUUGUGGAUACCACCAGCCGAGAAUCGAGCCAAACAAGAACAUGUGCGCCUAAUCAAAAAUGUAAUCGAAAAACUUGAAGAACAAGAAAGUUUAACGAAAGACAGCCUAAAGUUAUUGUUCAAGGAAAUAUGUUCGCAAAAUAACAUCAAAUUUAGUGCCUUCAUGCAGAUGUUGCGUUCCGCCUUGAGUGGGUUAAAGGAAGGUCCCAGUGUGGGAGAAAUGAUCGAAAUAUUAGGAAAAGGGAAUACAAUGUUACGUUUGCAAACUUAUAUUAAAGAAUGUGAUGAAUAGGUCAUUAAUAAAUGCGAACUUUUUAUAUGA